AUGGAAGAAGAAAUUAACGAAAAGUAUGAAAAGUCAUUUGUUACAGUUGAAGCCACUUCAAUAACUGAGCAAAAACCUCAAAUAAUAGAAACUUAUCAACAAGAACAACAAGAAGAAAUUCAUAAUGUACAAGAAUGGCAUGAACUUUUUUCUGAAUUUUUUACAAAGAUUGGAAUGGUUGAAACCAAUAAAGCAUUACUUAUGGAAAUAGUUGUCUUAUCGGCGAACCAUGAAAAACAAAUUCCAAAACAUAUUAAUUGGUUAUUGAAAGAAUUAACAACACUGAAAACGAGAUUUGAUGUUCAGUCUUCUAAGAGAAAAAUGGAACAGGAAAAUGGUGAAGAUAACCCGUCAAAAAAAGUUCAAAUGUUAAUGAGUUCUCAAGAAGUUCAAAUUAGAACCACAAAUUCCGAGCUCGAGCAAAGAAUUGAUAAUUUUAUUCAAUUAAAAAAGUCCGAAAUCAAUGAUAGUAAUCGGGCCGAGUUUUUGAAAAAAUCGAAUAACCCUUUAGAUCCAAAUGAUAAACAAUCAUGUGCUCGAUCGGACGCUGCCGAAAUCAAUCGAAAUAUUCAAAUGAAACUUGAUGUAGUGAACAAUGAAGAUGGUCCCUUAGCUCGCUCGACAUUUAAUUCAGUCAAUCAUAAUCGAAUCGAUCCUGAUAAAAAAUCGUUAGCUGAAUUACCUAGAGGUGUUGAGGAUAGAUUACAAAAUAUCGAAAAACAUUUAAACAUAGAAAUAGUAACACCCAUUCCUCUCAGUGUUUAUGAACGAUUAAAAACAUUAGAGAACAAAAUAAUGCAACUUGAGCGAGAUUACCCUCCUUGGUCAGCUAUACAUUUUAAUCAACCUAACCGCCAGUUUCCACCUCCACCUCCUGUGACAACUGUGAGACGUAACAGUAAUAACGAGAUUAUCACAAGUGUUGCGCUGACGCCCGGAAAUAAUACUACUGUCUCAACCGUCACGCCUACAUUUUCAGCCGCGCCAACAAUAUCGGCCAGUCUGUUGGUUGAUGCGAAACGAAAUCCGUCCGGAUUCACACCAACGAACCUUUUUAGUUCCAAGGGUUCACGUACACCACGUCCAAUUAAACCAAAGGGAAGAGGCCGUGGACAAUCUUCACUGACGCGAUCAGUUAUGGAACAAUUAAAAUUGAUUCGUCGUACUGAUAAUGAAAAACAAAAUGAUAAUAAUGGAACAUUUACUCAUGUAUCAACGAAACCUUUAAUUGAAACGCAAAAAUCACAGAUACAAAUGUUAACUUCACAGCUGCCAAAAGUGCAGAUACAACCUCAAAGAAUCUCUCAAGUACAAGUUCAAUCCCCGUCACGUCCUUCAUUACAACCUCAUGUGCGGCAAUUUCAAUCAAAUUCUCCGAAAUUACCACAACCAUUAUCAACUAACAAAUCAAGUAUUACACCGAUUCCUAUAGCGCCCAAACCUCCCACAUUUCAGCUAUAUCAACAACAACAACAAUUACAAAAGAUAAUAGCAGAAGAAAUGCAGGCAUCAGAAAUAUUAAUUGUUCGAGAAGAUCGUAGUGUGUCUCCAAUAAUCGAUCCAGGGAGUAAUAAUGAAACGAUCCCUAAUAAGGAUAGUACAAUGGAAAUUGAUGCAGCAGUUGAACAAAUUGUUGAGUCAAAUGGAUCAAAAAACUCACAUGAUACAUCAGGUGAAGAAAUUUCUGUCGUCAAUGAAAGUGAUAAUCACAGCAUGAAUAGUACUGGUACAACGGUUCUUUCGAACAAUUUCAAUACUACUACCGAUUUGGUAUCGAAUAUUGAUGAAAGCAAAGGACUUGAACAAAUUCAAAAUUAA